GGCGCUGGGUUGGAGCCGCUGUCCCUGGUCUGGCACGUUCCCUUAAAUUUUUGUGUUAAAUUUGAUGCCCCCCCUUUUUUUUAGAUUCGACAAUUUGCGACGGCAUUUAAAAUACCUACACGGGCAUCUCCAUACCGGUGUUUUUUUUUAAAUAAGUAUUUGUCAAAUAUACCCUUUAUCCUGUAAAAUGGCGGUGUUAAGCGGGUCGCUAGGGCCGGUUGCUCGGCUUGAGGGCCGUGAAUUCGAAUACCUGAUGAAAAAGCGCUCGGUGACUAUCGGGAGGAACUCGUCUCAGGGCUCCGUGGAUGUGAGCAUGGGUCAUUCCAGUUUUAUUUCUCGAAGACAUCUCGAAAUAUUCACAGUUAGUGACGAUAGCACUGGUGGUGGAGACUUCUACUUGCGAUGCCUCGGCAAAAAUGGGGUGUUCGUGGAUGGAGUGUUCCUCAGACGGGGUGCCCCUCCUCUACAACUACCACGAAUGUGCACUUUCAGGUUUCCCAGCACAAACAUCAAGAUCACAUUCACAGCCCUGUCCAGUGGGAAGAGGGAGAAGCGUGAGGCGCCUGAGUCUCCAGUAAAACCAGUCCACAUCUCUCCACUCACCAUAAACAUUCCAGACAACAUCGCACACCUCAUGAGCCCCCUGCCCUCGCCCACCGGCACCAUCAGUGCUGCCAACUCGUGCCCCUCCAGUCCCAGGGGAGCGGGCUUGUCCGGCUACAGGAUGGGUCGCAUCGUCAGCUCUGCAGAGCUACAGCUCAUAAACGACAACUCCCAGUCAGAGAACGACAAGGAGGCCUCAGGAGGGGACAGCCCCAAGGAUGAUUCCAAACCGCCAUACUCAUAUGCACAACUGAUAGUCCAAGCCAUUACAAUGGCACAGGACAAGCAGCUCACACUAAACGGAAUAUACACUCACAUCACCAAAAACUACCCCUACUACAGGACUGCAGACAAAGGCUGGCAGAACUCGAUCCGUCACAAUCUGUCACUGAACCGCUACUUUAUUAAAGUAGCCAGAUCGCAGGAGGAACCGGGUAAGGGCUCGUUCUGGAGGAUAGACCCGUCCUCAGAGGGCAAGCUCACGGAGCAGGCUUUCAGGAAACGAAGGCCGCGAGGUGUGCCCUGCUUCAGGACACCCCUCGGACCCCUCUCCUCCAGGAGUGCCCCAGUCUCCCCUAAUCACUCUGGGGUGCUCUCGGCCCACUCGAGUGGGGUGCAGACCCCUGACAGCCUAUCCCGAGAGGGUUCCCCUGUCCCCAUGGAACCAGAGCCCGCUCCGGCCCCGCCCCCUGCCACAGCAGUCCAGCCCAAACUAGCUGUCAUCCAGGAGGCCCGCUUUGCACAGAGUACACCAGGCUCCCCUCUCAACAGCCAACCGGUGCUCAUCACGGUUCAGCGGCAGUUGCCUCAGACCAUAAAGCCGGUGACCUAUGCCGUGGCCACGCCUGUGACUACCAGCACCAACCAGAACCAGCAGCCCGUCAUGCAGACGGUGCACGUCGUCCACCAGAUCCCUGCCAUGUCUGUCACCAGCGUGGCCGGGUUCAGCACCGCCAACACCUACACAGUGUCCACCCCCGCCAUGGUCACCCUCCAGACUGAGCCCCAGGAGAACGGAGACUAUUCAGAGGCCAAAGUAAAAGUAGAAUCUGUUCCAACCAUCUCCCACGCCUCUAUAGGCGGUGGCAGUCGCAUCAUCCAGACAACCCAGUCGACCACGCCCUUACAGACGCUGACCUUAGUGCAGCAGCAGCAGCCGCCGAUGGGCCAGCACCAGCUCCCCAUAAAGACCAUCACACAGAACGGCACCCACCUGAUGCCAAUGCAGGCCGCUGCAGCCACAGCUGUUGCGAGUCCUCUCCACUUGCUGGCCACUCACGCCUCCGCUUCAGCCUCCCUCCCGACCAAACGACAGAACGGAGCCCAGGCGGCCAGCGAUCAGCCCAGCGCUAAGCGCGUCAAAACAGAGGAAGGGGACAGCGCCACCCCCACCGCAACACGCGCAGCAGACACGGACUCGUCGGCAGCCAAUGACCAAGCCAGCCACCACAACUAGUCUUCUGCAACUACACCACCAUCUUGGUUUGUUUUUCUCCUUUCCUACCAUUUAUUCCCCCUUCUUCCAUUGACUCCCAAGGUGCCAAAAGGAGAAGAUUUUCAGUUGGGUUUAACCAUUGUAGAGGAUUGGAAAAUAUGACCACCCCUUUCAAAAACAGACUGAAGAGAAUAUUUAGUUGAGAUUUGAAAAAAGGACAACUAGGACAAAGAAGAACUCUAAUUUGAAGGUACCCCUGUGAGACAUCGCCGAGGAGGAGGAGGAGGAGGAUGACGACUACUCCAAGACCACAGGAAGCCUUAACAAAAAUUAACCUUUAACAUGAUGAGCUGAACUUUGACCACCUGCAGCGAGCAGUUUGAGGCCCAUGUUAGCCCGGCGGUCGCGCGGCACCUCUGUCUCAACUACCUCAGUGCAGAUUGGGGCCACGGCCAAGGGCACCACUCAACGGACCCAUGGGAUGACUGGAUGAAGUGACCAACUAGCAGCAUGAGAAGCAUUUGAUGCAAACAUGACAUGUCAAUGAGUGCAUCCAGCAAAAGGGAUCAAAACAGUCGGAGCCAAUUCCUGGACCUUUGGCAGCUAGCCUUUCAUAUACUGACCUAGCCUUAUUGCAGCUGCAAGUAGAAAUGCAGUAUUUUGUUGUUCGUAUGUGGACCAUAGGAUCUGUUUUGGAUGUAUUUUCAUUUAUAUAGGUAAUAAAAGUAAUAACAAUUUAAAUAAAGAAAGCAUACAGCAGUGGGGUCAAUGACAUUUCAAUCACUCCACCUGAACUUCAAAAUUAUCGCUGUUAGUUUGUAUGUGGAUUUUUUCUGUUCAGUGUAGUUUCUUUUUACAAUUCUAUCAAUGGAGUGUUUUUUUCCCCCUGUCAAAUCUACGUUCUGUCAUAUCCAAAUCAAUUUGCUUUGUUACACUUACAUAUUUUCAUACUUGCACAGAUAACCAGUAAGAUAUAAACAUAUUAAUUCCAUGUGUAGUUGAUCAGAUGCCUCCUCAUCAAGCUUUCAUGUAAGACUACAGAAAAGUACCUGAGCCGUUAUCGCUUGAAUCCUUAGUUGAAACAAUACCAAAGUGGUCACUCCGCCUCUGUUUUUGGUAAAAAGCUGAGGGAUGGGCCUGGAGAAAUGUAACCACUCUCAAAUUGACAGACGGGGCUAUGGAUGCAAGGACUGACUAUCCAUGAUAUCAAAAUUGUGGUUUUAACCAUGUUUUGAGACUAUACCGUGCUUUACAUUUACAUUGUUUACAAACAUUGGAGUAGAACAAGUUUAUAUUCUCGAUUCUGAUGGGGUACGAGAGUUGAACUAAGCUCAUUAGGCGUUUAAGUUAUUAUUCAAGAAUCGAUGGGUAUAUAUCAUUCAUUAAAGUCAGAAAAUGGAUGUAGCAACUAAGGAUUCUAGCUUUAACUGUACAUUUAACAGAAGAAAAGAGCUGCUUAAAGCCAGACCAGAUCUGCACUUGGUAAAAUGUAAAAAAAAAUAUCUUGUUAUCCUUGGCUGUGGUGACUUCGGUGUGGACAGGCCCUUUGCUUGAUUAUUUUAUUCUGUUCCGACAACCUGACGAGUCUGUUUUCAGAUUGGAACAUAUACAAACUUAAGAAGAUACAAGUGAUGGAUAUUUGUUCCGCUUCAGUGGAUAAAUGCUUUUUUUUAUUUUAUAUAAAUUUAUUUAAAACCUUU